AUGUCAAAUCAUGUAGAUCUUCAGGCUCCAAGACCAAAGUUAUGGGGUUCUUGUCGUUUGUCCAUAGCAUUUUGUGUUUUUUUGGCUGCGGUUCAGAUGGCCAUGCUCAGAGAUAAUCUUGGAAUAGCGUUGCUAUGCAUGUCUAAACCUGUUGGGAAUUUAACGUGUGAACUAAACGAAGCAAUUGUGCCCACACUGCCGUGGGUAGAUAGCAAACGGAAUUGCGAGUUCGAAUGGGACUCUGCGACCCGUGGGCGUAUUUUGGGCUCGUUCCUGUACGGAUAUGUAUUGACGACAAUGGUGGGUGGCAUAAUUUCAAACAGUUACGGUGCCAAACUUCCGUUCAUGGUCGCAGGGUAUGGAAAUAUCAUCGUUCAUUUGUUGUGCCCGUUAGCUGCGCAGGUGCAUACGGAAUUGUUUUUUGCAUGCCGUCUUGUUCAAGGGAUUUUUGCGGGGUUGAUGGCUGGUCCGUUUUUCCAGUUGUUCAGCGCCUGGAUGUCCGACGACGAAGCAUCAACUCUGCUCAGUUUCGGCUUCAGCGGUUACUCGUUCGGGACUAUUAUAAUUUAUCCGAUGAGUGGUGCAUUGUGCAGUUCUAAUAUUUAUGGAUUUGGUGGAUGGUCACUAAUCUUUUACGUACCAGCGACCAUAUCUAUUUUGUUUAUAUUAUAUUGGCACCUAUAUUUGUACGACGUACCCGACAAUCACCCAAAAAUAUCUCCAGAAGAAUAUGAAUAUCUAUUACAAAACGUCGGUAUAUCCGAAGAGCCGCUAGUAAUACCGUGGUUGUCCAUAUUCACAUCAUUGCCGUUUAUCGCAUAUAUGGCGUGUUACUCGGCAUUUUUGUGGAACAUUUUCACCAUGAUGAAUAACAUGCCGAUGUUUAUGCAAACCAUGUUGAAUAUCCAAACCAACGAAAGUGGAUAUUUGUAUUGUAUACCAUUUAUCUUGAUGUUUUUAUCGCGAAAUUUUAACGCUACAACAUAUCCAAUAGUUAGAAACUAUUCUGGACUGUCUAAUACCGUGUGCCGCAAACUAUACUGCUGUUUUGGGUGUUUAAUGGUUAUUACAUCACUAUUGAGCAUAAUUUUUGAAGAACACGUCACCAAAUGGCAUGUCGUUGCCGCAAUAUCAAUAAAUUUGGCUUUAGGCGAUUUUGCUUACAGCGGAGGUUUCUUUCCGACACUCCUAGAUUUAGCUCCAAAUUAUGCAGGUUUGCUGUCUGGUGUGUCAACGUUUAUCGCAUUCGUAACUGCCUGUCCAUCAACUUACAUCAACAGCAUCAUUAUUAAACAAAACACCAAGGAAGAAUGGAACACUGUUUUAUGGAUAAUUGUAUCCUUCUUUACCUUCAUAAUGUUUUUUUAUUUAAUAUUUGGAUCGGCAAAAUUGCAAUUCUGGUCGGUUGGGAAACUAGAAGUUCCUGAAAGAGGAACAUUCCGGUCAACAAUAAUAUUUAACGCAUCCAGAAACAUGUCAACAAUACGUCCUUCACAUAUGUUUUAA